AUGGAAUAUAUGUUUUUACUUCUUGGCCUAUACAAUUUGUUAAUCAGUUGCGUCUCCUCUAAUCCGGUCACACUGAAUACAACAGAUUCGCUGCAGUCAGACGUGAAACUGAUUUACGUACAGGCAAUUUGGCGUCAUGGAGAUCGAGCACCUCAUCAGCUACCCUACCCCAAUGACCUCAACGAUGAAAAGUCUUGGCCCCGUGGAUGGUCCCACUUGACUAAUGUAGGAAUGAAGCAAAUUUAUGAUUUAGGUCGUUUUUUCCAGCAGCGAUACCAUAAUUAUGUGAAUGAAUUCAACUCAAUUGAUGUAAAAGUUGUCACGUCAAGAUCAGAACGAGCAAUUGUCAGUGCUCAAGCAAUGUUGCGUGGUUUUUUUCCUAUUGAAAAUUCUAGUUUGCAAUGGUUAAAGGACGAAAAAUGGCAACCUAUUCCAUUUUAUAUGGAAAAAAUCGAAAAAAAUGCGCCUCUGCUCCAUUCCACUACGCAUUUUUGUCCUCGAUACAAUGCUCUAAUGCAAGCCGAAGAUGAAAGUAACUCGAAUAUGAUGCAGGAAUAUGCUAAUUUUACUCAUUUCUUAGCCAAUAUAACCGGAAUCGGUGAAAAUUUGAAUUUUAGUCGGUUAGGGUCAUUGCUUGAUAUUCAACGAGAGAUCUACCACAAUCUUCCGCAACCAGCAUGGGUCCACCAAAUAUGGCCACAAUAUCAAAAUAUGAGUACUAUUGAGAUCAUCACAAAGUUCAAAUUAACUAGCCAGAUUUUAAAAUAUAAUACAAUAGAAAAAGCAAAACUAAAGGGUGGUCUACUACUUGGAGAAAUAUUAGAUCGGUUUAAGAAUGUUUCUUCAAACAAAGCAACAGAAGCACGUAAAAUGUACCUUUACUCUGCGCACGACGCCACUGUUUGCGCAUUACAAUAUGCGUUAAACGUUGGUCAAAACUCAUUAGUACCUUAUGCUGCAUGUUUGAUUUUGGAAUUAUAUCAGAGCGAAAAAAAUGAAACUGUCGUAAAAAUUCUUUACAAGAAUGAAACAGAAAGUGAUUAUGCUCAUGAACUACAGGUGCCAGGUUGCUCGGUACCAUGUACCUUGAACCAAUUAAUCAUUUUAACUUCUUCAACUACUUUGCAUACUAUCAAAGAUUUAAAUAAAGUAACUAUUGCAAUGUCUUUUUCGCAAAAACAAGCAGAUUUCAUUCAUUAAAA